AUGUUCGUUAUAAUUAUUCUUCUCACUGGUGUUUUGUAUGCGAGUACUCUUUUUGUUCAAGGUGCUUGUCGAGUAGCUCACGAUGAUCAAUCAUUUCUUGUACCAUUUUUACUUGAUGAACUGCUUGGACCAGCGGAAGAUAGUUUACUGAUUGAUGGAUUAGAUGUGCCAACUACAAUCAAAACUAUUAUUAAUGACUGUCAAAAUCAAACUCAUUUUAGUGAACACUUUUUCGAUCAUCAUUUGGUUCCUUUGCAAGAUAAUGUUGUUCAAGCAAUGAAUCAACUUAAUAAAAUAAUUAGUGAGCAAUUCAAUAGUUCAAUUAAAGAUAUUAAUAUUGUAUCGGAUCUCGAACUUCUCGCUAAUUUUUCUAUGAUAAGUAAUUCGAGCAGCAUUAAAGAGCAAGUACAACAGAUUCACACGGAUUUACAAACUAUUAAAACGCAAUUCGACCAUAUAGUUAGUUCAAAUCCAGUAUUGUCAGCAAACUUUGUUAAUCAAAGUAUUGAUAAUUUUACAGACUAUGUAAAAAAAGUUCUACAGGUGACAACUGAUACAUGUCCUCUACCUUUGGCUACAAUAUAUAAGGCAGAUACAUUGAUAUGCCAUCAAUUUGCUUCAUCAAUCAAUGGCAUAUGGUUUAGUAUUUUCCUCUAUAUGUUUUUUAUCAUAUUUGGUCUCUGUAUUUGUGGUCUUUAUAUUUACAAACGUUCAUUUUAUAAUAUGUAUAUUGACGAUGAAAUUCAUACACUUCCUUCAUAUUUUUAA